AGGAGCGCGGCCGCGGCCCCAGCGCCAGCGGGGCCGGCAGCGGGGGCGGCGCGCCCGCCGGGGCGGGACGGGCGCGCUGAGCGGCCCUAGCCGCAGUCGCUGCCCGCUGGAGGUGGGGUGCCGGCCGCCGGCGUGCCGCUGCGAGCCCCUCAGUGCGCGGCGGGCGCGAGGCAUGGGCGGCGGGGCGGCGGGGCGCCCGGCGCUGCUGCUGCCGCCGCUGCUGCUGGUGCUGCUGGCGGCGGGCGCGCGGGGCAAGCCGACGGCGCGGCAGGAGCGGGCGCGGCCCGGCGCGCCGCAGCAGCACGAGGACCGGCCCGGCUUCCAGUACGACCACGAGGCCUUCCUGGGCAAGGAGGAGGCGCGCAGCUUCGACCAGCUCAGCCCGGAGGAGAGCAGGGAGAGGCUGGGGAAGAUUGUGGAUAGAAUAGAUGACAACAAAGAUGGCUAUCUCACAACAGAGGAAUUGAAAAACUGGAUUAAACGGGUACAGAAACGCUACAUCUAUGAAAACGUGGCCAAAGUUUGGAAAGAUUAUGAUCUAAACAAGGACAAUAAAAUCUCCUGGGAAGAAUACAAACAAGCCACAUAUGGCUACUAUCUAGAAAAUCCAGAAGAAUUCCAAGAUGCAACUGAUCAGCACAGUUUUAAAAAGAUGCUGCCCAGAGAUGAAAGACGGUUCAAAACUGCAGAUCUGGAUGGAGACUUAGUGGCCACUCGUGAAGAAUUCACUGCCUUUCUUCACCCAGAGGAGUUUGAGCAUAUGAAAGACAUUGUUGUCUUAGAAACCUUAGAGGACAUAGACAAAAAUGAGGAUGGUUUUGUGGAUCAAGAUGAGUACAUUGCUGAUAUGUUUGCAAAUGAAGAAGGUGGACCAGAGCCUGACUGGGUGAUUACAGAGCGUGAACAGUUUUCCGAUUUUCGUGACCUCAACAAGGAUGGAAAGAUGGACAAAGAGGAGAUUCGACACUGGAUUCUCCCACAAGACUAUGAUCAUGCACUAGCUGAAGCCAGACACUUAGUCUAUGAAUCAGACAUAGACAAGGAUCAAAAGCUAACAAAAGAGGAGGUUCUAGACAACUGGAAUAUGUUUGUUGGCAGUCAAGCUACUAAUUAUGGGGAGGACCUCACAAGAAACCACGAUGAACUAUGAUACAGUGUACAAAGCAAUAUUCCACAGACCUUUUCUCCACAUUACUGAAGUCACCAUGUCCAUCCCCUCUUUUGGGAUGGACAGAGAUACCCUCACAACUGAAUGACUUGUAUCAAUAUAUUUUUAACAUACCAGCUUAUUACCUCAGAAACUGCGUAGAAGUAGCCUUUUACUCUUCACACUGUUAAAUGCUAUAUCUUAUUACUACAACUCUAUUUUGAGGAGGGGAAAAAAAAAAAAAGGUAACUUUCCUUCAUAGAUUAGAGCCUGAACUGGAUAGUGCACUUCAAAAACGUAAUUUGGAGGAUCUUUAGUAGUGAAAUAUUUUCUUCAAAUACCCAUUUUUUUUUUUUUAUCAUAGUGAAAUACAGCUAGGAUUAGAAAGAAACUUAAUGUUUAAACAGACUAGGUUGUUCAGUCCUCUUUCUUUAACAUCAUAUAACAAUUGAGAAUUAUAGUUUCACCCUCUUUUAUAUAAAGAUUUGAUACAACAAGAUCCACAGCCUUUUUCUCCACACUGCAUUUUUCUUUCUCAGUUUGGGCCAGAGGUGCUGAAGAAGGUAUCCAGCAGCUCUGUGGCUCAUAGCUUUAAGUGCAACAAGUACAACUGGCCCUCCUGUGUGACCCCAUCAUCAUGCAGAGACAGCACGUGUGGCCCGACAGCCUGUGCCGGCAUUCCUUAGUGAGGAGUGUAGAGUUCGUGGUGACAGCUGCUCCUUCAAACAACAGAAUGAUGUACAGUUGUUUGUGGGCUGUUGGUUAUGCUGUUUCCUGUGAGGAAUUAAGCCACAUGGAGCAUAAUUUAUCUCAUGCUUUUCGCACUUCACCCAAGCCAUACUCGUAUUCACACAGUGUGAACGGCAGCAGUUCUGUGAUGGAGAAAGAAUGAGACAUAUCACCCCUGUGGGCCUUCUGUCUUCCAUGCCACAUAAGGGGACAGAUUCAUGUGGCUAAAGUUCUGGUUUUGUAUGUAUAUAAGUAUGUGCUAUUCAAGCAACUGUGUGGAGAUAGCUUUCCUUCCAAAGGAAAGGGUAAGCUUUCCUUUCUCCACAUAGGUACUUUUUUUUUUUUAAACUGUGUGAUGUGAGCUGUUACAUGUGUAUUUUUUAUAUAUACAACCUAGAAAACUUUGGUUGUUUUUACAUGUACUGAUUUUAAAAUAAGCACAAUAAAACCAUUACUUCCUUUUUGAUACUA